AUGUCAGGCGCUACACAUGACCCUCGCCUGCUCUACAGUGUCAAAAAUAUCCGGGCAUAUCACAUCCAGAAUGGGGAAGAACAGGAGCUCACGCCGUCGGGCCCUCAAACGCUUUCUCUGUUGAUGGUCCCCACCGAUUCCCCAACACCGGCCUCCUCAUCUGGGACACCCGGCACAGAGACUCCCGAAGAGGAUUUCUAUCUUCAUCUAUACCUUCCACCAGAGCUGGACCUUGCGCUGCCCGCGACCACCCAAAUCUUCCACCAGCCUCCGGAUAGCUACCUGAUUCCCCGCUGGGACAUGGCCGCCGAUGCAGGCGCCUUUAUUCGAAUCCAAUUCCCUAGCAUCGGCACCGGACCAACCAAAGUGUCUCAGGAUGAUGUCGAUACUUUUGAAACUAUUCUAGCGCAGUGCACUGCAUUCCUCGAGCGUGCCCCUCCUCCAAAGGCGCAUGACCCCGCCGCAUAUAACCCCGCCGACUACGCACCCGGCGAGGGCUACAUCUCCACCCCGGAUACAAAGACUGAAAACAAACAUGGAAAGAUUGUGCUUGUGGAUGAGGAGAACGGGAGCGUUGUCGGGGAAUUGGGAGAAGGAUAUAAUGUGGUGGAAGAUGCAGAUGUGAAACAUGGGUCAAAGAGACCGGUUGGCAUUGAACUCCCCGCGGAAGGCGAGGGUAACCAAGUCAGUGUCAGCAACGUCUCGGAAGAAUACUUGGCUAUGGCCCGACACCCUGCCUACAAGGGCUCGACGAUCGUUCAGACCUCGGCGACGGCAUCUAGACUGGUCGUGACCGGAUCUUCUUAUCUAGCGAAUGUUCUUUCCAGCGGAGCAGAAUCCUUUACGAAGCGAACAAAGCCCAAUCCGAAGCCAUUGACCUUCUCCGAGGCUACACAUGACCGCAUCCGCAAGGUUGGCACAUUUUCACACGGCGCUGCCGAUAUAUCAGCCCGCACCGUGGGACAAGUCGGAAAGGUUGCGCAAAACCUCGGGGCGUCUCUGACCCGAGGCAAAGACUCCGGCAAACAAAAGAGUGUUGACAAGAGCAACCCGCCGCCAAACUAUAAACCAGGCGUGAUGAACAAGUCAAUGAUUGCCUUCUCGACUCUCGCCGACGGCAUCGAGCAAGGCGCACGCAACAUGCUCUUCUCGGGCUCCGCCGCGGCCAGCACCAUGAUUGGCCACCGCUACGGGGACGAGGCGGGCACCGUUGCCAGCAACCUGACUGGCGGAAUCAAGAACGUCGGGCUAGUUUACAUUGACGCAUCGGGGGUCAGCCGCCGUGCCCUUUUGAAAUCUGUCGCCAAGGGUAUGGUGGUUGGCCGCAUGCGCGAUGGCAAGCAGGUGGUCGUCGGAGGCGGGGACGGUGGUCAAGUUCCGUCUGGUGCGCAUACCGAUGCGGCAGGUGCUCAGGGGCUUUCUGGUCUAGGAGCACGAGAUCCGGUUGUUCGGCGUCCGUCGCCCAGCCCUACGCCGCCUCCUGCGUACGGUGCCUCGGAGACGAUUUCGUUGCCCGGGGGUAAGCGAUAA